AUGAUCUCCUCCAUUACUGAAUACUUAGAAGAAUUAAAGGAAGCUUUUGUCCCAACUGUUGCCAAGGCUGAAGAAGAAAAGGAAGAAGAAAAGGAAGAUAAUGAUGAUGAUGAUGACGAUGAUGAUGAGGACGAUGAUGAUGAUGAGGACGAAGAUGAAGAAGUUGGUGAUCAAUAUGAUGCUUUAAGAGAGGAAUGUUCUAAAACUGCUGAAGGUCAACCAUUGGUCCAUCAUUAUAUGGAAUGUGUUGAAAGAGUCCAUAAAGCUCAAGAACAACCAGGUUAUGAGGAAUUAGAACACAAGGAAGAUUGUGUUGAGGAAUUUUUCCAUUUACAACACUAUAUCAAUGAAUGUGCUGCUCCAAGAUUAUUCGACAAGUUAAAAUAA